AUGGACAAUUCUGGUUCCGUCGCACGCAUCGACAUGACAGAUGCAUAUUACCACAACGUGCACGCCAAUCUACGUGGUGUAGCCACCGCAACCGGGCUGCCAAUCCUCAUGUUUAAUGUCAACCCCGCCGACUUGCACAGUGCGGCUGCAGUCGUGGCCGCUGGGCAGUUUCUGGAAUUUGGCGAGGAUGGUGCUCCGUUGUGGGAGGAGUGUGUCAUGGACAAGUGGUGGCGGGUGCGAAACAACCCCUACACCAGCCAAGCACUCCUCAACACGGUUAAGCUCGCCUUCAUGGACAUCCUUUUUGGUUUCAAACCUGGCGACAAGCGGCAGAGCAACCCCGACUGCUUCUGUGGCACCGUGUUCCACAUCUGCAUCUGUUACAUGGCGGCCCGUGUGAGGCGCCCAUCAGCACGGCGCUACUACGCCUUCGUCCUCUCCACCUUCAAGGCCUACCGCACCACCCCCAUCCCACCGGGGAUGACCCUGCGCCAGGCAUACCUUGACUGGCGGGAUAACAUCCUGCCGCAGGCUGGACCAGACAUGGCUGGUUUCAUCAUGUCUGUCCUGGACAACCUGGAGGCGGAGCAUGAGUGCCGUGACUAUGCACGAGAGGCCUACAACAAACUACGGCGGCAACGCCGUGCCCGCGGCCUGCCUGUUGGCCCGGACUCGGGGAGCGACAGUUCUGACAGCGAGCAGGAUGAGGACGAGCCCCUACGUGUGCGCCGCCGAGACCCCGCCAAUAGUGACAAUGACGACGGCGACCACCACAUCCCAGCACUCAACCUCAAUGAUGCAGCAGACGACAGGCCGCCAGAGCUCAGCCAGUUCGACCUGCACGCCGCCGACCUUGCCACUUUGUUUCCCACUGCCUCCUCAGAAGACUCCUACGCUCACAAGGCGGCAGAUCGGUGCCGACCACCGCCCCUAGUGGACGGACAACACGCUGGUCAGCUGGGCUUCAUACGCCACGGCAGUGCAGACGCAGUAGCAGCCAUCAAGCGUGCCACCAGGGCCCUGGAGAUGUUCGAGGCAGCUGGCGGCCAGCUGGGGGGCGCCGUCACAGACAGUAUGAACUUGGACCCUGGCCAGGACUCACAGCUGCAACUGCAGCUGCGACACCAGCAACACGCAGUGCUGGCUGUGGUGACCCAAGCAUCCGCUACUGAGGCGGGUGAAGCGGAUGAUGAGACCGUGUUACAACCUGGCUCCCUGCCCCCGUACCUGCCGCUCCGCGUGCCACCCACCAUCGAGGACACCAUCCAGCUCUUCACGCUGUCCGUUGAACAGGCCGUGCCGUUCAUGCUCAUGGCACGCUACUUCAACACCCGCCAUUCACCCAACCAGCCGCAGCCCCCACGGCUCCUGAUCGUUGGCGGACCCGGCACAGGCAAAAGUCAGUUCGUGCACGCGCUGCUGUGGUACACCUAUCAGCACCAGCUGCCACACUGGCUGGCCACCGCCGCCUUUGCCUGGACGGCCGCGCUGCCCUUCACCACGCCCGUCCACAGGUCCCUCUCCACCCACUCCAUGUUCCAGCUCAUACCGCCCAACCGCUUCAAGGCCAAUGCCACUGCCCAGGUGAAAGCCAAUGUCGGCACAGGGGCCAUCUGCAUUGACGAGAUUGGCUACAACAGCCUCGAGCACCUGGGCGCCUGCAACCACGCAUGCAACAAGUCCCUGGACGACACCAUCGGUGUUGCAACAGAUGAUGCCGCCCGCCAGGCGUUCAGGGGGCGUCCCUUCUGCCUCAUCGGCGACAUCUACCAGCACACGCAGCCCAACGGCAAGCCGGUCUACAGCUGGGCGCGCUCCCUUCUGGACAACCCGCUCUUCACGCCGCCAGUAGCUGAGGCCGCCCUAGCCAUGGUCGCCCAGACAACAGGCGACACAGCUUCUCCAGUAUCGCAGAAAAAAACACCGCGCCCCAGGGCCAAGGCGCCUGCAACACAAGACCUCAUCCUUGCGGGCUUCACACUCUACCGUGCUGUGGAGGAUGUCUUCUUCCUCACCAAGCAACAGCGGCAGUCAGCCACUGACUCAGGACGACGCCUCACGGAGCUCUCGCAGAUGUUCAACGGCCAGAGACUCGCCACGCCAGAGGAUAUCGACGAGCUGGUCACCAACCUCAACGCCAAGGCCAUCAAGGACCUGGCGGACAUCGCGCACCAAGACCCACGAGUGGUACUGCAGCGCAACGCCCCGCGCCACCGCCUCAACACACGCCUGCUGCAGAUGGCGGCCAUCAAGGCCAAGAAGCGCCUCGUCGUCUGGAACGCCAUGCACGUACCUGUCAAGAGCCGGGAUGACCCUGAGCCCCCGCGCCUGUCUGAGCGGGACAAGCUGCAGGCCCUGCUGCAGACGGACGACAAGACUGACGGCCUCACACCUGACACCUGGUACUUCGAGGGACACAUUCCUUCCUGCCAUUCCGUCCAGGAUUUUUCUUCGUUCGGUCCAUCGCUCUUCUGGUCGAGACACCUGGUCAUGAGCUACUCGCUACGGAGUCAAGGACGCGAUCCUGGCAACACAAGCCGGGCACAAACAAACGAACACGGAAAUUCUAUCUCCGCUGCCAAGCCAGAUCCUACAAACGAUGUAAACAUGCACAACCGCCUCGACGACAACGACAACAACAAACGAACGCAUUCACCAUCGCCAGACAGGGCAAACAAGCACCAAGAGAUCACGGCUGAUGACCCGCCAGCCACGCCACUGUCUGCCAGCAGCGCCGGCGCAUCAACCACCACCACACCAAACACGCCCAGCACACCGCGGCCCGAUAUCAACAUGGUGCUCGCCGCAACCGCGGGAUCAGAGGACCUGCCAGACAGGCUCCAUCGUAUGAAGCGCUUGAAAAAGGGUACACUGUACAAGGCUAUCUUUGGAUGGGAGCACAAGGGCUUCAACAACGACCUGCCACUCCCAGCCAGCCGCAUCAUCAUCAUUCUUAUCGAUGAUGAGCGCCUCAAGGACAUCCUCAACCGCUUCGACAACUACUUUGGACGGGCGUUGUCUUUCUACAAUGUCAUCCGCUUGGAUAACGACCGCACAUACGCGGACCUCCUCGACAACCUCGGCAGCACUGCUAAAGUCAUUUACAGCAUGGUCCCCACCACCCAAUGGAAACUUAUCGAUCCCCCCUACCUCCCCAUGGCCAGAAUUGUCCCAUCCACUGUCCGCCUCUUCACGGUAGACCCAUACACUGACUCCUCCGUGAACGACAAAUACUCGGACGCCAAGCAACAGCGUACACUCCUUGUGUACCCAGCGUCCGGCAUCAUCAGUCGCGGCUCCAUAACCUACAUGGAUGCCUACGUGGUGGCGACACUGGAGGGCCUGUACGCAUACGGUGCAGCUCGGCGUUGCCGUGUACUUCCUCUUCCCAAUGCCCUCGGUGCCAACACCAACCCCUUCAUCCGCCGUGUACGCACCACUGACAUCCCGCUGCUGAGCGAGGCUUCCAAGCGCCUGAAGCGCUACCUAGUCAUCUCCGAAGGCACCGCCACCAUGCCGACCAUGACGGACCACACCCCCCAUCUUCGUUUGGAUCGCCACCCCGGCUACCCCCUCGUAGCGGUCAUCGUGACCGACACCCAGCAAACCAACCAUAUCACAGCGGGAAUGCCAACUUACCUACGUCUACCACAGCCACCGAGCAUCGACGACACCAUCGAGCUCUUUACCCUGGCGCCGGAUCAGGCCGUACCAUUCAUGCUCAUGGCACGUUAUUUCGACCGCCGCAACGAACCUGAUCCAGGCGUCCCGCCGCAGAUGCUCAUCAUGGGUCCUCCGGGCACGGGCAAGACUCAGUUCGUACACGCUCUACUGUGGUACACGUAUCAGCAUGACAGUCCCGACUGGGCCGCCACAUGUGCAUACUCCUGGGCUGCCGCGAUCGCCUUCAACACCCCAGUACACCGCAGCCUAUCGACCCACUCCAUGUUCGGCAUCUCAGCCAGUCAAAGCGGCUCCCGUGGCGCCAACCUUCCCAAGCGCGGCGCCCACGCCGGCCUUCAGGUCAAGCGCAACGUCGGUGAUGGGGCCGUCCUCAUCGACGAAAUUGGCAUGCAAAGCCACGAGCACCUCGGCGCCAUCAGCCACUCCUGUACAGCCAAUGUGCCGCCUCCACCACACCUUGGACCCGCCCAUCCCAGCAGCCGUGUCUUGUCCGGUCGCGUUGCUGGCGGAAUCGGCGACCUGCUGCAGCAUCCUCAGCCAGGCGGGUCGCCGCCAUACCGCUACGCCGCCAAUGUCGAACAAAACCCCCAGUUCAGUCCCUCGGCACCGUCAGCACAGUGCCGGCCGGCCUCGGUUGACGAACGUGGAGGUGACCAUGCUGACGGCAGCAACAAUGACGGCACUGAUGCCGAUGACGACACCGGCAACCGUCGCGCCACCACCUCCACACGUCGCACUCAUCGCCCCGUGCCACAAACGCACACCCGCCUACACGACGGCUUCAACCUGUACCGUCAGCUCAGCGGCACCGUAUUCAUGCUGCAGAAACAGCAGCGGCAAGACAACAGCCCAUCUGGCCAGCAGCUUACCCGCUUCGCAACCAUGUUCGGCGGCAUUCAACCCACUGAAGCACGUGUUGCAGAUCUAGUAGACGCACUCAACCAACGCGUCAUCACAGAUUUGUCCGAUCUCACAGACCUCGAACCCCGUGUCGUGCUGCAACGGAACGAACCCAGGCACGCGCUCAACACACGCCUCCUGAUGCUCCAGGCGCGCCGCAAAGGAGCGCGUUUGGUCAGCUGGAACGCGGACCACGUCCCGGUUAGGCAACAUGGCGCAACCCAACAACAGCCGCUCUCCCACGUCGAAAAGGCUGUCGCAAUGCGAGUAAAAGACGCCACCUUCGACCACACCACCGCCGACACUUGGUACUACGAGGGUGCACGCUACACCCUACUCGACACCACUGCUGCCGACGCUGGCGCGUGCCACAACAAUGAAGUCGAGGCGUGUGGCCUGCUUACCGACAGCCGUGAACCGCCCGACGACGGCCGCGGCCCGUACUGGCGCCUCCACUACCUACCUGCAGCCGUCUUGGUCCGUCCCAUUAAAGGGCACGCGCCCAAAGCGGUGCUAGCAGACUUAGCGGACUUCGCAGCCAAAGGUGCUGCCUUCGCCAUCGUACCACAGCCCUCGCCGGCAGCAAACAUCACCAUGCCAGCCGCCAACACCGGCACCGCCACCAAAAAUGUACGUCAAGUCAAUGUACCGCUUGGUGACUACUACACCGUCACCGACUACUUCGUACAGGGCCGUAGCUUCAAGGAAGAAUGCUGGGUCGCGGACCUUUCCGUCCCGCCCGGUGGCCUCAAGCGUGCAACCAUGUACGUGUUGCUCACCCGCUACAAAACACUCGACCACAUCCGCCUCCUGCGCCCGCUCUCUACCACACCCGACGAACGAGCACGAGUCGUCAAACAGUUCAUGGCAGCAACCAAGCUGGACCCCGACCUGGCGGCCGAACUCCGCCUCCUGGGUCGCCGUGCAACCGAAACCCGUGAACGCUAUACCACCGAGUACAAACACGCCAGAAACCUUGAGGAGCGUUGGACCUCCGCAGCCAACACCACCUGA